GUUUGUGGUGUCCUUGCAGAAAAGCCUCUGUCGGCUGUAAUAAAGGAAGUGUGUGAUGGCUGGAAUCUCACAGGUCCUGACAACUACGCCCUGCAGUAUGCUGAUGGAGUGCAAAUGUACAUCACUGAAUCAAAUCGUCUGGACAUUAAGAACGGCUGCAUUCUGCGUCUGACCAAGGGCCCGGGUCGCUGUGCCGAGGACCUGUUCAAGGGCAUCCAGAGCUCGGACUCGGGCGUGCGCUGCGAUUCGCUGAAGGAGCUGGCCAACGUCUCCACAGACGUGACCUUCGCUCAGGAGUUCAUCAGCAGAGACGGACACCUCCUACUGGUCAAGAUAGUGGAGGAAGCUAAGGAGAGUAAUGUGAUCAUGACGCACACACUGACGGGCUUCAUGGAGCUGAUGGAUCACGGGAUAGUUUCCUGGGAGAACCUCUCAACCAUCUUCAUCAAGAAGAUCGCCAGCUUUGUCAACGCUAAGGCGGCAGACGCGUCGAUGCAGCAGGUGUCCCUGGACAUCCUGGAGAGCAUGGUGCUGAGCAGUAACGGCCUCUUCCUGCAGGUCAAACAGGAAGUCACCAUGGAGAGGCUGGUCGCUCAUCUCCAGGUGACCAACCAGCAGAUCCAGACCAAAGCCAUGGCCCUGCUCAUGGCCCUGCUGCAGACGGCCGGAGACUCGGACAGACAGGAUAUGUUUGCUUUCCUGAAUAAGAAGAAUCUGCGUCAGUACAUUUAUAAGAACAUCAUCCACAGUUCUGCUUCAGUCCAGGACGAGAUGGCUCACUACCUCUACGUCCUGCAGUCGGUCACGUUGAAUCACCUGGAGCCUCGCAUGAGGACGCCUCUGGACAGCUACAGUCAGGAUCAGAGAGACGUCCUCCACAGUUUGCGUCAGGCGGCGUUUGAGACAGAGACUGAAAACAGCCUGAGCAACGAGAGGCGCCGCUCGCUCUGUGCUAAAGAGUUCAAGAAACUGGGAUUCUCUAACAACAGUAACCCUGGUCAGGACUUGGUGCGGACGCCUCCUGGUCUUGUAGCUUUGGACACCAUGUCUUAUUUUGCUUCACGCUAUCCUGAUGCCUACAGCAGGUUUGUUCUGGAGAACAGCAGCAGAGAGGACAAACACGAGUGUCCGUUCGCCAGGAGCAGCAUUCAGCUCACGCUCAUCCUGUGUGAGAUUCUUCGUAUCGGAGAGACACCCUCAGAGACGGGAUCGGACUACCACCCCAUCUUCUUCAGUCAGGACCGACUCGUGGAGGAGCUCUUCUGCGUCUGUAUCCAGCUGCUCAACAAGACCUGGAAGGAGAUGAGAGCCACACAGGAGGACUUUGACAAGGUGAUGCAGGUGGUGAGGGAGCAGAUCACCAGGACGCUGUCCAGUAAGCCCACGUCCCUGGAGCUCUUCAAGAACAAAGUCAACGCCCUCAACUACGGCGAGAUCCUCAAGCUGCGGCAGACGGAGCGGCUGCACCAGGAGGAGACGCUCGCCCCCCCUGUACUGGAGCUGAAAGAGCGUCUGAAGCCGGAGCUGCUCGAGCUGAUCCGUCAGCAGAGACUCAACCGACUGUGUCAGGGAACCAAGUUCAGGAAGAUCAGCAGCCGCCGCCGACAGGAUAAACUGUGGUACUGCCGCUUGUCACCCAAUCACAAAAUACUUCACUACGGCGACUUGGAGGAGGACACGGACAAUCCCCCGAUAGAAACACUGCAGGAAAAGAUUCCAGUAGCAGACAUCAAGGGGCUGCUGACGGGAAAAGACUGUCCUCACAUGAAGGAGCACAAAGGCAAACAGAACAAGGAGGUGCUGGACCUGGCCUUUAGCCUCACAUAUGUAGAAGAGUACAGUCUGAACUUCAUCGCACCCUCAAGGACUGACUUCUGCCUGUGGACGGACGGCCUGAGCGUCCUCCUGGGCCGGGAGAUGAGCAGUGAGUCCAUGCGCAGCGAGCUGGACAUCCUGCUCUCGAUGGAGAUUAAGCUCCGCCUCCUGGACCUGGAGAACGUCCCCAUCCCGGACAGCGCGCCGGUCGUCCCCAAGCCUCCGAGCAACUUCAACUUCUGCUACGACUUCAGCCAGACCGAGCAGUAGAGUGUGUGCACCGGCUGGAUGUGUGAAUGUGUAAAUAUAUAUAUAUAAAUAUAUGUGUGUGUGUGUGUGUGUGUGUGUAUGUGGUGAUAUUUUACCAGUGCAUCCGUGCACUUAUUAACAGAUUUAUAAUCCUGACAGUAGAAAGUUUCCUCUGUGGCCUGUUUCUCUACAAUGAAAACAAGGAAACUCUUAAAACUACAGCAGCAGGUUGUUGGUACGAAUCUUCACCACGUUGCUUAUCAACUGUUUUCCGAGGCUGCAGAUCAUCGCUUCUCGUCUGGUGCCUGGGAACUUCCACAAACAACAGAGACUCCAGCUGCUUGCACACCUGCACUGAAGUCUGCACAUGCUCCUACAGGCUUCUGCAGGGCCUGUAUGUUAGAAGGCAAAUGUCCGAGUCAGUCCCUGGGGACACUUUACAAAACCUUUCCUUCCAGCCCCCCUGGUAAAAUGUCCGUGGGAGACCCUGUGAGAAUACAGAGAGAAAAUGUCCGAAAAAAGUUCAAAGUGAGUUUCUAAUAAGUGACGGACGGGUUUCCAGAUGAAAACAAGGCGUCAUAGAGAACCUUCAUGAAGUUGUCCAAUUGGAAGGACAAUGAGAUUACAGAGCUUUUGGCUGAGGCCACUGAGGAUGAGUGUUCUGAAGGCUCUGGACCUGUUCCUGUAGUACUGAACUCG